AUGGCUUCCCAGCAAAACGGACACGCUCCUCAAUCCAGGAAUACGACCGCCUCAAGGUCAAGCGCUGCGCAGAAAGAAGCUGGCAUCACAGACAAACAAGCACAUGAGCGACUGGUGUUUCUUUUUGGGGCGGCUAUAGGCUUGAAUAUCGUCGUCACGUCCAAGUCUGGAGAAAAGUUCGAGGGUCUGUUGUCGGGCUCGAGCCUCACUCCCGUCAACUCGAGGAUUGCCCUCAAGAUGGUCAGAAAAAUACAACCGGCAACGGGAGGACAUAUCAACGGCGUUGCAUCUCGGGAAGCGGCCUUAGUUGGUUCGAGUCCGGAGUACGCAAUGAACUUUGACUUGAAGGACCUGGCCGACAUGACCAUUGCCGAUUUCACUCUUCCAGAAGCUGGAAAGCUCUCAAAUGGUGCCUCUUCAUCCUUCCAGACUGAUACAGACAUCUCUGGAAACCAGACACGUGGCGAACGGGAACUGAAGAGAUGGGUCCCCGAAGGACCAGACACCACCGACUAUUCCCUAGAGUCGAACAAUGCGGGCAGUUGGGAUCAGUUUGCGACAAACUCUCAGUUGUUCGGCGCUAAGAGUACCUAUGAUGAGAGCCUUUAUACCACUUCCAUUGAUCGCAGUGCACCGUCCUACAAACGCCGCGAAGCCGAGGCCGAGAGAAUCGCUCGCGAGAUUGAAGGCUCAACCUCAACAAACGCUCACGUUCGUGAGGAACGGGGUCAAGCGCUGGACAAUGACGGCGACGAGGAGGAAGAGAAGUAUAGCGGUGUGCGACGUGACGACAAGGUUUAUCCACCGCUGGCGGUGGGCGGCGCCAAUAAAUACACUCCACCUGCGAGACGGGCUCCAACUGGACAAGCCACUGUCCCAGGCGUACCGGUCGAUCCAGCAAUCAUAUCUGCACAGAUCUCUCGGCCAGAUCCUGCGAUUCCCACAUCCAAGCCAAGGCAAGAUCUAGAGGUCGAUGGGUCUGCUGAGAGCAUCCUGCCCGCCGCAGAGAAAGCAGCCGCUGAACUGAACGGCACAGCGCCUCUCCAACCAUCUCACACCGACGGGCUUGAGAAUCUUGUCGGUCAGCCCGCUGGUGACAAUGCUGAGCCCACGAAUGUCGAGGCACCGCCCAGCACCAAAACCGUGUCUCAAGGUCCCACGGAGAAUGUAGAGGUCAAAGUCCUUCACCAGUUCCGUCAGUUCGCAGACACCGAGAGACAGAGAGUAAUCGAGAGGAGAAAGGCACAGCAGAACCAGGAUCGGGCCGCCAAACUGAACGAACUACUCCGAUUUUCAAAGACUUUCAAACUGAAGACGCCGAUUCCGAACGAUCUGAUCGGAAUUCUUGCCAAGGAUCCUGCUAAACAAGAGGCUAUCGUUGAAAAGGCACAGAAGGAAUCUAGCGAAUCAGUCGUCCCCACCACGACGGCAGCUGCCAAACCCGCUCCUUCACAAGCCCCAAUUGCCAGCAAUGUUGCUCGCAAAGCCGAUGUUGCACAACCUCAAGCGUCUGUGCCCGACCGGCCAGUGUUCAAUCGUGGUCGCGGGGGUUACUUACAGGGUGGACGGUCGGAUCGAACUGUCGGUCAGCAACAGCCGCUUUACCCAGGGCGAAAUAACAACGCCCCCUUCAACCCCAGAUUUGGUGCACACCAGCAAGACCGCAAAGGAAUCCAGCAGCCGCCGAGUAUUCCGGCCCCGAUCCCCAUUAUCGACGGCCGUGUCCCACCGACUGGGCCUAUGGCUGAUCAAAGCGGAAUGACCAGCCCGCAGAGAUCCAAUAUGCACACUCCGAACUCCGCCAUCUCAGGCAAAUUCAAUCUGAACGUGAAAGCAUCAGAGUUCCGCCCAACUGCAGCUACGUUCAAUCCGGCCGCUCCUUCCCAGGCGCCGUCAAGCCCCGGUUCUACACAGCGUACGGCUUCUAUUUCUAGGACCGCCUCGCCCUCGGUGUUCUUUGGCAAUCGAAAGCCCAAGCCUGCUUCACAGAGACCUUCCCUCGCCAAAUACUUCAAUCCUAUUGCGCGCAUGAAGCAAGAACAUAACCAAAAGAAGGCUGCAGAUGGUACGAAGACUGAGGAGGUGCAGAAAGACCACAGCAACAACGGUGGUAUCCCAUUUGCUUUUCACACAGGACCUCGAUGGGCCGUCAAGCCUGAGAACGACCAGAAGACCUACGAUGAGGCGUUCGAGCAGCCUGCCGCCCCUCCCGGCGUUUCGCCAUCACAGAGCCGAUCAUCAUCAAGCCAUCAUGUUCCAUAUGCUGGGCAAGGUAUGCCGAUUCCUAAUGGUCCCGCCAAUAUCCCGCAUGUUUCGACACCGCAGCACAUGCCCCACCCUGGGCCUCAACAAUUCCAGCAUCAAUACGAGGACGGCACUCAUCGCAUACAGUAUGGAGUCGGGACUCCAGGCAUGUAUCCUUCUCCCAGCAUGGCAUCUCGCCAGGCAUCCGCAUAUGCCUCACCAAUGACCCACCCCGCGCAACUCUCGUACCAACAGCAACAAUAUUUCGGGACGCCGAGUGGUCAAAUGCCUAUGCAAAUGCAAAUGCGGCAGUUUCCAGGUACUCCUGGCAUGAUGCAUGCUCAGGUCGGCCAGAUGACUGCACCAAUGAUGGUGCAGCAGCCUUCCAACGGUCCAUAUAUGAAUGUGCCACAACAGUUCAACCCUCAGAUGGGGCAAAUGUACUCGCCAAACCCUGGCUACGUCCAUCCUCAGCAGAAUGGCGGGUACUCUAGCCCUGUACGCAUGGCCCCUAUGAUGAUGCAACAGGGAUCACAGCAAGGGCACCCUCAGGCUCCCAACAUGAUGUACAGCAUGUCAAAUCAAGGAGCACAGAUGGUGUAUCCGCAGGCACAGAUGGGAAUGCAUCGAAGCAGUUACGGCGGCGGCCAUCAAUACGGGACACCCAAUCAAGGAUAUGCAAUGCAGCACCGGACCAUGAGCAGCGGAUAUGGACAAAUUCCGCAUAAGAUGCACCCUCAAAUGCAACAAGCGCAUACACCAGCUAUGAACGGACCUCCACAAGGACCUACCUAUGGUCAGAUGGAGGGAGGCCAGGAUGAGGGCAAAUGA